AUGAGAAUCAAGAAAGCCAUUAGAUACAUGGAAGAUGUUCUCGAGCAUAAAUAAUGUAUUCCUUUCAGAAGACAUACUGGUCAUGGAGGUAGAGCUACUCAAGCUAAAAUUCAUGGAGUUACUCUUGGUAGAUGGCCCGAAAAAUCUGUCAAAUACGUCCACCAACUUCUCAAGAAUGCUUUAUCAAAUGCUGAAGCUAAGGGAUUAGAUUCUGAGAAAUGCGUUGUUAGUCAUGCUGCAGUCAACAGAGCUGUUUAAGGAAGAAGAAGAACUUUCAGAGCUCAUGGUAGAAUUGGUCCAUACCUUUCUUCAAACUGCCACAUUGAAUUCAUCCUUACCGAAAAAGCUGAAAAUGUCAAAAAAGCUGCUGAUGACUAGAACAAACUUAGAUUAACCAAAAAGCAAGCUGCUAGAACUAGACUCGCCAUCGGCAAAUGA